AUGCCCGGCUGGUGCGCCCAUAGUGACUGUCUGUCUAUUGGUGAAUUCACUUUCUAUCAGAUGAUGGAAGUAAGUAUAAGCCAGUGUGCAUUUAAUAAUAUUACUUUCUCUGGUUAUAGGAAAAGGAAAGAAUUGUUCCAUAUCGUUAUUGAUGGAGAAAAGACUAAACAUUUUGUAUCAAAGGACAUUCGAUGGAACGGUCUACUAUUCAUAUCAUAUCAAGGUAUUUAA